AUGACAUCCGUCUUCCAGAAUGGACGCGUUUUUGUGCCCUCGGCCAACAACCCCAAUGAAUUUGCCGAAUCGAUGAUUGUCGAGAACGGCCAGAUAACGUAUAUCGGCUCUCUUGAUAACGCCAAAGUCCCCGCAGAUGCAAAAAUUGUCGAUUUGAAGGACCGCGUCGUGGUUCCUGGCUUCAUCGAUAGUCACGUACACAUCUUGCAUUAUGGACACUCACUACGCAAAGUCGAUCUUAUCGCGUGCAAAUCUCUAGAGCAGAUUCGCGAAGCUAUUAAGGCUUACGCGACUGCCAAUCCGUCCGUUCCUCAAAUCCUGUGCCGUGGAUGGAUCCAGUCUGUCACAAAUGGAGUCGCUUUGGCCAGUACGCUGGAUGAUCUCGAUUCCAGACCCAUCUAUAUCGAUGCUUUUGACCUCCACUCCAUGUGGUGCAACUCUGCUGCAUUGGAUGAGAUGAAGGCGCACACUGCUCCGGAUCUUCCCGGGGGUAAAAUCUACCGCGAUGAGAGUGGAAAAGCUACCGGUUUACUGGAUGAGUCUGCUCUGAUGAAUCUGGCCUGGCCUCAUGUGGAAAGUCUCUACUCGAAAGAAGAUAAAAUGACUGCUCUGGAUACUGCUAUUUCUGCAUACACCGCGGCAGGAUAUACAGGAAUUGUCGAUAUGGCUAUGGAUGAGGGAACGUGGGAUAUUCUCAAUGAAUAUCGUCGCGAUAAGACCAUUCCGUUCCACAUCGGAGCACAUUGGCUUGUUCCAUACACCGAUGAUCAAAAGGCUAAUUUCAGCUACGUUGAUCGAGCCAUUGAACUACGCAAAAAGUUCCCCGACCCCCAUUUCACCGUUCUGGGAGUAAAAAUUAUUAGUGAUGGUGUGGUGGAUGGAUGUACAGCCGCACUUCUUCAACCAUACACUGGAAAGUCGGACCCAGUGGAGCCAAUCUGGCCCGCGGAUAAGCUGCAAGAAAUCAUUCAGCGCGCUGAUUCGGCAGGUCUUCAAUGUGCUAUUCAUGCAAUUGGAGACAGAGCAAUCAACCAAGCAAUCAAUAUUUUAUCAAAUGUCGGCACACCUGGUCGCCGACACCGGAUCGAACAUUUAGAAAUGACUACGUCCGAGGAUGCAAAGAGACUAGGGCAAUUGGGCAUCACAGCAUCAAUCCAACCCGUGCACUCGGAUCCAGCUCUAUUCAAAGCAUGGCCCAGCCUUGUCGGCUCUCAUCGAUGCAAGCGAGCCUUUGCGUAUAAAGAAUUUCUGGACGGUGGUGCCCCGAUUGCUAUCGGAACAGAUGCACCCACUGCCGCGCAUUUCCCGUUCCCAAAUCUUUAUAAUGCCACAACACGUCGUUCCGCGCUUGAGCCAGAGUCCACCGAGACUGUCAACGCACACUUCGGUAUUACAUUGGCGCAGGCGGCGGCUGCUGCUACUACCGGCGCAGCCUAUUCUCGAUUUGCCGACUCUUGGACUGGGAGCCUGAAGGAGGGACUCACUGCCGAUUUCCUUGUUGUCGAUAUGCAGUGGAAUCCAGAGACACUACUCGAGGCUAAGGUAUGCCAGACAUGGUAUAAGGGUGAGAAGGUCUAUGAUUCCAAUGUAAUUGUAAAGCAAUAG